AUUUCGAUUCUUGCUUAGUUCGACUUUGUUGAUGGAGGUGUUCGUGUGAUACGUGUAGCUAAUAUUUGAACCUUGAAGGAGUUUCGUAUUGUUUAAUUUCAAGAUGCAGCUUUUCCUUCGAGGCACUUCCCUGCAUGUGUACAACGCCCCUGAGGGAGCCAUCCUUGCUGAUGUCAAGACCUUCCUCAGCGAUGUUGAAGGAGCUGACCAGGAGGAGAUCCGCCUCUUUGCUCAUGGUGCUCCCCUAGAGGAUGAGGCCAUGCCCGUCAGUUUCCUCACUACUGACACCCUAGACUGCAAUGUUGCUCUUCUUGGAGGCAAGGUGCACGGUUCGCUGUCACGUGCUGGUAAAGUCAAAGGUCAGACUCCCAAGGUGGACAAGAAGGAAAAGAAGAAGAGCAAGACCGGCCGUGCCAAGCGACGUAUCCAAUAUAACCGCCGCUUCGUUACUGUCGUACAGAGCUUCGGCAAGAAACGAGGCCCCAACAGCAACUCCUAAGUUAAUAAACAGAUGCUGAGGA